AUAAAAUAAAAAAUGUGAUUGCCGUCUAGAUGCCAUCCGAUCCAACAUUUGCAUUAUUUAUUUGAUUUGCAAUUUCAAUACAUGCCGUGCAUGUAUCUUCUUUCUAAAGUUAUAUAAAUAGCUAGCAAAUCAAGAUUAACCGCAACAUAAAAUUUCCUACAGAUCGAAUAAAUUUGCCUUUGAUCUCUAGAGGAAAACCCUAAACCAUAGUUGAUACAAUGUCUGUCCCUGAUUUAGCGUCUGACCUAGUUCAAACCCCGAAUAUUACUGCCACUCCUGAUGUUACUCGAUGUUCAGCUAAUUUUUCCCCGGGCAUUUGGGGUGAUCAUUUUCUGUCAUAUGCUUCCACGGAAGCGGCAGACAGUAAAAGUAUGAACCAUGUCAAAGACUUGAAGGAAGAACUGAAGAGGAUGAUAAUGGCUCCAGCGAAAAGGCCUUCACAAAAGUUGCACUUCAUCAACCACAUUCAGCGCUUAGGUGUCUCAUACCAUUUCGAAGAUGAGAUUGACCAAAUUUUGCAGCAAGUUCACCGAGAAGAAGAAUAUGAUGAUCUUUGCACCACUGCUCUAAGCUUUCGAUUGCUUAGACAACAUGGUUAUAACGCUUCAUGCAAUAUGUUUAACAAGUUCAAGGAUGGUGAUGGGAAAUUUAAAGAAUCGCUUGUUAAUGAUGUAGUCGGCCUGUUAAGCUUGUAUGAAGCCUCGCAUCUUCAGAUGCCUGGGGAGGAUUUACUAAACGAGGCACUAACCUUCUCCACCGCUCAUCUCAUGUCUGCAGCACACCGUUUAAGCUCAUCAUCUCAGCUUUCAAAACAAGUAACUCAUGCCUUGUAUCAGCCCCUUUGGAAGGGCAUGCCAAGGAUUGAAGCGAGGCAUCACUUGUCUCUUUACCAAGAAGAUGAUGCACAUAACGAAACUCUUCUGAAUUUUGCAAAGUUCGAUUUUAACACUGUGCAGAAAGUCCAUCAGAAAGAACUGAGCGAAAUUACGAGGUGGUGGAAGGAUUUCGACUUUGCAAACAAGCUACCUUUUGCAAGAGACAGGGUAGUUGAGGCCUAUUUUUGGGCUUUGGCAGUCUACUUUGAGCCGGAAUAUUUCUUUGCCCGGAUGGUGUCAGCCAAAGCUACUGCUAUAAUUACAGUCAUUGACGACAUAUACGAUGUGCAUGGCACGUAUGAAGAAUUAGAGAACUUUACUGAAGCUAUUGAGAGGUGGGACAUUUCUGCUGUUGAUCAACUGCCAGAUUAUAUGAAAGUGUGUUAUGAAGUGCUGUUGAAUUUCUUCACCGAGCUUGAAGGAAGUCUAACGAAUAAGGGAAUCUUAUACCGCCUCCACUAUGCGAGAGAAGGAUUUAAAGUUCAAGUCAGAGCUUACUUCCAGGAAGCAAAAUGGUUCAAACAAAAGUACACACCAACAAUGGAAGAGUAUAUGUCUGUCGAACGCUAUACAUCCUUUUUCAUGGUAGCAGUAGUGUCAUUUGUUGGAAUGGGAGUUAUUGUUACAAAAGACUCCAUGGAUUGGGUUUUCAGUGAACCUAAGAUUUUAAAGGCCACAUCUAUAAUUGGCAGACUCAUGAAUGAUCUUGUAGGCCAUAAGUUUGAGCAAAAGAGAGAACACAUUGCAUCAGCCGUGGAAUGCUACAUGAAGCAAUAUGGCGUCACAGAAGAAGAAGCAGAAGUCGAGCUAACUAAACAAGUGAAUGACGCAUGGAAAGACAUAAACGAAGUGUGGCUCGAUGCCACCUCUAUCCCUAGGCCCCUACUCUUGCGGAUUUUGAACUUUGCACGUUCUAGUGAAGUUCUAUACAAGGGUGAAGAUGUGUACACACAUUCUGAAAAUGUGCUCAAGGGUUAUGUAGUUUCACUCUUUAUCGAACCCGUGCCCAUAUAAGCCUAAAAUCUGGACGUUUUCUCUUUUCUGCAAAAUAAAGUCCUUCGUUGUCGUAAAAUAAGCAAUUUCCAAGACAGCUAGUACUUGCUGCCAGAUGAAAUGAGGUUUGAAUAAAGUUUAUUUGUUGGAUUGUCUCGUUGUUAUUAUACUAAAUACGCUCCAUAGGGAGAGAGAGAGAGGCACUCGCUUCUCUCUCCUUAUCCCUUAGUCUUCCUCUACCCUUACCUAUGAUAGUGCUCCGGCGGUGGCAGGUUUCCUUGUUUUUCCUUUUUUCAACCUAGAUCGAUUAUGCAUCCAACAGUAUCCUCCGUACUUCAAAUUCCAGAUUCUUCACGAAGAAAGUGCAUAGCCUUCUCACCCAUCAAUUUCAAUUUCAGUCAAGGACCGUCUGUUAUUCAGAGCUCUGAAAGCAAUGGUGAAUUGUGUUUCCCAGAAAGACAGGGAGGCUUUUUAACCACUGCCUUUCUCAAUCUAUUCCUCUUUUUUCAUUUCUCUUUGGUUCCUGUUCUUGUCUGGGGUUCGGCUGGUUGAGAGUAUUAGUUUCUUCCUUGCUCAUGGAAUUUGUAUUAUAAUGAUACUUCAUAUCUUUGGGUGGGAUAUGCCUGGGUGUUCAUGUGAUAGGGUGAUUUGGAUACCUUUCAGGCUCUUGUUGGAAAGUAUGGUAAUGUCUCUGUGUCACCAAGAGGACCGCUUUACUCUUCUUAUUGGACUCUACGUGUACGUUUACUCUUGUUGGGUUUGUGGUAUUUUUUACUUUCUCCUUUUUUGUAAUCUUAACACAAAAGUUGGGUGUUUGUUUGUAAACUUUUAUGUUUGAAUAAAAAAAAAUUAUCAU